CCGUUAAUCGACUUCUUGAGAAAAUCAACUGAACUGCGAAUCGUGAAACGAUCACUGGCUGUUAUUAAAAAAUUUUUUUAAUGCUAGAGCUUGAUAUUAUUGCCAUCGUGUAGAGAUUAAAGUAUAUAAAGAAGUUUGUAUUUAAUCUAUUUUUUUAUAGGACUUGUGAUUUUCGUUGCGUCAACGUAUCGCGUUGUUUACACCACCAUGAAAAUUUUCAAUAUUUUUAUGUUGACUUUCGUGGUGGUCCACACGCAUUCUCUGGGUAAUAAUUUGAAAUCUCCUAAAGCCGGUGGAAACUCGAGGUUAACGCCUAGUCCAGAGUCUGAAACAGUGAUAGAGAACAAAAAUGUAAACAUAGUCGUCAAUGUAGACCCAAAAGAAGUGGCUAAAGAGCUGUGGAGUAUCAUCGAGGAGCGAAUGGACAAACCACCAUCCCGACGAUCACCAUUAACUCAACAGAUAAUGACUGAAUUAGAAAAUAUCAUCACUCCAAUAAUAAGACCAACCAGACGAAGUCAACCAUCUGCUUAUGAAGUAGCUGCUGCUUUAGACCAUGUCACUCGAAGAGCAUUCAAAAAUGAUAUUGGUCAGAGUAAUGCAAUCGAAAAUGAAAUUGUGACGAGAAAUACCGUUGCUGACAUGAUGUCAACAUUAAAAGAGAUUCAGUCUCAAGAAAAACAAUCUUCUGAUUCCUCAGAGACUGGCACUAAUUUAGGGCAAACUCGACGAACGUUAAGUUCACUUAAAGAUAAUCAUUUCAGUAAUAAUAAUAAUAAUCUAGAUGAUGAUUUUGAUGAUAAUGAUAAAGACAGUGAUGAUGAUUAUGUUAAGCUAUCGAUAAAGGUGAAGAAGGAAGUGUUACGAAGAGCUUUGAGAAAGCAAUAAAUUUAUUGAAUGAUAAUUGAAAAGAA